AUGGUUAAAAGGGCAUUUGAUGAAGUAGUGGCUGGUAGACAGGGCAGAUUCAAACCUGUUUUAGGCAAGGACCUUAAUACUGUGAACAUUAACACAGACACGCAAGGUGCUGACAAGCACACUGAUAUAGAGCCAUCUCUUGUCAAAGCCUUUAUUACUGAAUUUAAUGGGGACUCCAAGAUUAUUAGGGACAUUUUGGAAAAAGAAUGGCACAAAUUCUCUCAACUGUCAGACUUGAGUCCCAUUUUUGACACCCCUUUUAAAAUGAUUUACAGUAAGGGUCCUAAUAUAAGAGAUUAUCUUGAAUGUGCUGUCAGCAUUGAAGAUGAGCCAUUCUAUUACUUCUGUCUCUUGAUUUCAGGGGUUUUCCUGCAUCAGAUCACUGCAGAUUGUCUUUACAUGAGAGAAGGGCAAAAACUUGUAUUUCUUCAGACCACACUCUAUAACAAGGAAAGACAAGUUUAUUUUGACAGUCGAAUAGGCAAGUUCAUUGGUAUCACAGAAUUUGGAAAGAUUGAAGCUGAAUACUGGAACAACGACACUGCUUAUCUAGAAAAAAUGAGGGCUGCAAUUAUGAUAUUUUGUAAGCACAACUUUGAUCUACUAAACAACACUAUCAUGGACAGAAAAGUCAUUCCCGUUGUUACAAUGCAACCACUUAGAUCUGUGAUAGAAAAGCACCCUAAUCUGCUCAUGUGUGAAGCUAGUGGCUUUUAUCCACAAAGCAUACGUGUCACAAUGCUGAAGAACGGAGAAGAGGUCACUCGUGAUAUUUCAUCAUCUGGGCUGAUAUCAAAUGGAGACUGGACCUACCAGAUCACUUUGUUAAUGGAAUUCAUACCAAAAAAGGAGGAUGUUUAUGGCUGCAAAGUCGAACACAGCAGUCUGAAUGAACCAAUGAUUGUGGAGUGGAGUAAGUAAUAGAUUGUCACUUAAUGAUUACUC